CGUCAUAGAGUGGUGGGUCUACACUCGGGUGACUCUUUGAGUCUUCUCUUGUAACUAACAGGGGGGAAAGGAUGGAAGAACAGAAGAAUAGGAGAGAGAUGGAGACACAGCAGCCGUGGAGGUCACUGAGAUUCUCAUUCAGAAGUGCAACAAUCAUAGUCUGUUUCCUCAAUCUCAUAGCUGCUCUUCUCUUGCUUCAGGGCUUUCUCUCUUCUGCUUCCACCCGCAAAUUCUCCACUCCUCGUCCCGAUUCAGUUCAGCUCAAUUACAUUAAGGAAUCUGAAGAGAUGCGUCGUGCUAUGGAACCAUUGGAACUGAUAAAAAGAGUGAGGGAAAUUACUCAAGAAGCUUAUGUGGAAGCAGAGAUAGUCCAACCGAAAGAUACAAAGCAGACCGCUGCAGAAGAUCUAUCCAAAAGGUUAAAGGACUCACGCUCCUUUAGUGACGCUGCCAGCCAAAAAGCCCUGGAGGAAUGGCGUAAACGGAAGAUGGAAAGAGCCCGACAGCGGCAACUGGAAAAAAAUUGAACAGCAGCCAUGACUCAAGCUUGACAUUCUUCCUGCUCCAAAUUGAUUUUGAUAUGUUAUACUAAACACCCUCUUCAACACUUCAAUGUUAUCUGCCUUUAUGCCAUGUUUACUUACAGGAAAGGGAAUGGAAGGAAUGUGAAUGAUUUCCUUUCCUUUAGACUUUCCUGUUUACUUCAAUAUAGGAAUCAAAAAGGGUGGUGAUCCCACAACUUUCAAGAAAACCCAAGAGGAAUGUGAUUCCUGGAAUGGAAUCAUUAUAAAUUGUCCAUUUUGCCCCUA